UCGAGUUUCUUUCUGAUGCUGUCCGUGAUGUUCACCAUAAGCAAUCUCUUGCGUUUCAUCCUGGCAGCAGCGAUCGCCGCGGCCUGUGCCGUGAUGUUGCUGUCGCCUUCUUCGUGUCCGGGCGGGCCGGACCAGAAGGAGCUUGGCUUCCGCAAUGGGACCCAAGCAGAUAGGAAUAUCGGCAUGGCUACGGCUGCAAGAAAAGAUGACGACGGCCUUGCGGAGCUGCUGAGAAGCGCGGCCAUGGAGAACAACGUCAUCAUACUGACCUUCACAAACGAGGCAUGGACGGCGCCCGGCUCGCUGCUGGACCUCUUCCUGGAGAGCUUCCGCAUCGGCGUGAACACGCAGCCCCUGCUGAAGCACCUCGUCAUCGUGGCCGCCGACGUCAAGGCCUUCGAGCGGUGCCAGCGCGUGCACCCGCUCUGCCACCUCCUCCUCGACACCGGCGGCGGCGGCGCCAAGUUCGCGGCAGACAAGGCGUACAUGAGCCCGGACUACCUGGAGAUGAUGUGGGUGCGCAACAAGUUCCAGACCCGGGUCCUGGAGCUGGGCUACACCUUCGUGUUCACGGACGUGGACAUGGUGUGGUUCCGGAACCCGCUGCUGCGGAUCCCCGUCGGCGCCGACAUCGCCAUCUCCUGCGACAGGUACAAGAACGGCGAGGAACCCUACGACCUGCGGAAGGAGGCCAACGGCGGGUUCCUCUACGCGAGGCCCAACAACAGGACGCUGGGCUUCUUCGUGGACUGGUACGAGGCGAGGACGCGGUACACGGGCCUCCACGACCAGCACGUGUUCGAGAAGGUCAAGGACGAGCUGUCGCGGCGGCACGGCGCGGCGGUGCAGUUCGUCGACACGGCCUACUUUGGGGGCUUCUGCGAGCCCAAGAUGGACUUCCGGAAGCUCUGCACCUUCCACGGGAACUGCCUCAAGGGGCUCGGGACCAAGAUGGGCCGGCUACGGGAUGUCCUGGGUGAGUGGAAGCAGUUCAGGAACGGUACGCAUCCAAAGUGAAUUGAGUAUCUGUUUUUGAUUCUUAAAAAAAAGACAAAUGCGAGCAUGGAUAAUGUCAGAAAUUUUGUUUUUUGUGUUUGUCUUCUUGCCACCUAUUCACAUCAGGUUUUUUUUUU